AGGCCCUAAGGAGGUAUCUUCUUGUUUUUCCGUUAGUUUUGCUGCUAUGGGGCUUUCCGUAAAUUGAAUGCUGCUCCAUGAGAAAAUGUCAUAAACAGCUCGGAGACGUCCCAUUUUCUUCAGAAAUGUUUGCUCUACACGACAGACUUAUUUGCAAAGAAUUUCUGGCUUGAACUCUAGGACUUGGUUUUCUGAGAUUUGAGUUUUCCAGAGACCCUGAUUUUAGGAGUUUUGAUGGAGCCUUUGUAUGCACCACCUGAGAUCGGAAAUUCUUCCAGCUAUUCAAAUCUUUUUUCAAAUUUAUUCUAGCUAUUAUGAUCAUGCAAUAAUUGCAACUAGACGUAUUUAUACGUCACCGGGAGCCAAAGGGUUAAUUUGAUAAAAAACUAAGACCUAAUUCAAAAAUCGGCGCCGGUCAGACGAUGUAGUUUCUUCUUCUCUUUGAAACAAAAAAAGAAUAAAUUCUCUAUGACAAACCGCUAUAAAAAAUCUUGGGAAAUACUUCAGGUGUAACUCCUAUAUAGAGAAAACGCUGUAUUAAAUGCUGUAUGAAAUACUCAGUUUUAGAUUUUCUAGGAAAAUGCCUCUAACUUUUUGGUGCAGAGUCAUACAGAGUUGUGCGAGGUCUUAUUCUGAUCAGAAACGUUUGCUCUACAGAUCUGUGUGUGUAGAAAAAUUUUAAUUGCAUUAGUAUCCAGGAAAAAGCUAUUAUUUGAUGAUUCAGUUUUUUGAGGCUCCUAGAAAACUUGCUCAAAACCCGGGAAAAAUCACUUUUGUCACUAAAAGCGAUACAGAUUCUGAAAGGAGACUGCAGACUAUCUUCCCAUGUGCUUAUCUCAAAACCGAUAUUUUGACCGAAAAUGACCAUUUCUAAGGGAGGGGGGGGGCCCUUAAUGUCUUGACUAUCUGAGCACCGUGAUCCGAGGCCCCAGGAUUGAGGAAUUCGGUCAUCAUUUUUUUGGAUCCGAGCUAGUACAAAAAUUUUUUUCGCUUGAGCAACUGUUCAUUUUUAUCGUCAAAUUUUCGAUUAUUACACAGGUCUCACCCCGGUUGCUCCCGCUCGACCCAGCUCUGUAUCUAAGAUAUCGCGCUUUAAUUAUUUCAAAGCACUUGAACAGUCUUUUCAACAGCGGAAAUUUUUCGAAGGUUUUUUCAGCUCUGAUCAGAAGACUUGACUGUGCCUUUGCUCGUCAUAACACAGAUUUCAAUAGUUAUAAAUUAUUGUACUAAACGCUGAUUUCGGAUGUUUUAAAAGAUGAUAGAAAAGUUAAAGCUUACUUUGAACGAGGACAACAAUACAAGUCUGGAAAUCAUAAUGCGACACAAUGCCUACUCUUUUGUUUAGGCGAGCUAUCAAGACGCAACCAAUAACCAGGCGGCUCAUAUUAAUGAUGUGUCAGGAAAAGAUGUACAAACGCGUUCACCAAACAAUUCUGAGACAACUGUAAACGAAUUAAAUGAAUAUCUGUCUCAACCGGAUGAAAUUGUACUGAGUGAUAUUUUUCUAAAAUGUUCUACAAAAGAUAUGGACAACAAAAUAUCAAUGCAAUCAUAUAACACAAACUGCUUUGAGAAUAUGAUGCAGCCUUACGUAUUUCCUGUGCAAUAUAGAGAAUGGGAAAAUGAUAUUUUGUACGAUUCACCAUCAUCCUGUUUAAAUUUAAGAAACAUUCAAUCAUUAGAAGCUGGCUGGAUUCCCACCAGAAAUCAUCGUUCAUUAGCUACAUUUCAACGUAUGAUAGUUGGGCGUAAUGUUGAUUUUCUGGAAAAUAUUUGUUUUGAUGAACAUGCACGGCCAGAAAAUUGGUAUUCAAUAUUUCCGUUCAACAGUACCGUAUUACUUGAGAAUUUACAGUCAGAACAAAAUAUGCUAUUUGAUCUGAAUUAUAAACCAAAAUUUUUGUUGGAUGAAAUAAGUACCUGUGACUUACUACCAAAUGAAACAAUUUCGAAUCAGCCUCGAAAAGAAAAAUCGAUCAAUUCCAACCAAUUAAAAACAAAGAAGGAGGGACGUGUAAAUACAACAAAAUCUGUAUUAGCUAGUGCCGGAUUAGUGUUAUCCGAUGAUAACGAAGAUAAAUGUGAAGAAAAUAACAAAGAAACAAAUACGAACAUCUGGAAUUUAAGUAAUGAUCAAUUCUAUGAACAGAAUAGUGUUAAUAAUGAGCAGUUUUUGAAGAGACGUAUGAGUUUGUUACAGCAUAGUCUACCAGCAACAAAUCUGGAUGAAAUACUAUUUCCUACUCAUAUGACUGCACAUGAAUUGCGAUAUUUUCAUCGAUCACUAUUACCAUUUAAAGGAACAUAUCAGACGUGGACAUGUGUUCAAUCGUUAGCACAACAAAUUGCAGACACAGAUAAUGAACGUAAAAAAGAACUAUUAUUAACCGGAUGUGGUUUAACAUUCUCAAUGCGUUCCAUUUGGGAUUUAACCGGAAUUGAUGGUGAAAUUAUUUUAAUGGAAUAUAGUGAACAAUAUCCACCAUUUUUGAAUCAAACGGGAAUGGCCACAAAAAUUAGAACGUACGUUCGACCGGCUAUUGAGAACAAUAUGUUUCGUGCUCCAAUUUAUAAUCACAAUUUAGAAAAAACAGAUUUUUUAAUUAUACAAAAUGGUGAUAGCUAUUUUAUUCGUAAUGUUUCAACAAUAUUCACCAUUGGUCAAGAAUGUCCAUUAAUUGAAAUACCAGUACCAAAUUCGAAACGUGUUGGUACAUUGCAACGAGAAUUACUCCAGGUCUACAUUUAUAAAUCUUUUGCGAAAAGUAACGAAGAACCACGUCGUAUUCGCAUUGAAGACGUAAAGAAAGCAUUUCCUCGUCUAGCUGAAAGUAGUAUAAGAAAACGUCUUAAAUUAUGUUCGGAUUUUCGACGAGCUGGUGAAGAUUCAAAUAGUUGGAUCAUUCGUCGUGAUUUUCGUUUACCAUCGGAAGAUGAAAUUCGAGAAAUGGUUACUCCUGAAAAAUGUUGUUUAAUUUAUCUUUGUUCAGCAGCUGAACAACGAUUAAAAGAUGCUGGUUUUCGUGAUAAGUGUUUAAUUGCCAUGGAAGAUGAUGAUAAUAAUCAAGCGAAACUUGAUGAUGAAAUAAUCUGUGCUCCAUGGAACACGUCUAAAGCCUAUAUCGAUGCUGUUAGAGGAAAAUGUUUUUUACAAAUCUAUGGUGUUGGAGGUGAACACUUGAUUGGCAGUGCUGAUACAAAACGUUUACGAGGCGCUGUCACUGGAACAGAUGCUGAUCUUCGAAGAUUACAAUUGAAAGAUGCUCGAAAAUUACUUUUGAAAUUUGGUAUAGCUGAAAAUAUAAUACAAUCAUUGACCCGAUGGGAAAUUGUUGACUUAGUUAGAACACUUUCCACACAAAAGGCUAAAGAAGGUAUUGGUGGAGUUAAGUUUGCUCGAGGUGCUCGCCAUAUUCAUCUUCAACAUUUAGAAAAGUAUCGAGAAGAUUGUCAACGACAAUUUGAACUACAAAAUCGAACAUUAUCUUGUCAAAAUUUACAACAAACAGAUGAUGAUACAUCAGAAGAGGAUGCUGAAAUGAAAGAAAUGGGAGAAACAUUGAAAAAUCUUUUAUGCUCGCCAAAAGAACAAACACGAUUUAAUCAUGAACGGAGAGAAUUACAUCACCUUAAAUUCAAAGACAUUUUAAAGAAUUUUGCGAACUUGAAAGGGAAUAAACAGAAAGAAGAAGAAGAAGAACAGACGUCGAAAAAUCUUAAUCAGAUCAAUAAGACAAUUGAAUUAGUCCGAAAAGAUUCAAUAAUUCAAGCUUACAUAAAAAUUCGUAAUACGAAAGAUGAUUGUUACAUACGACAAUAUUAUGCAUUGGAUGAAGUUGAAAGAGAAUCACUUCGGCGUGAACGUCGUCGUUUACAAGAACAAUUACGACGAGUGAAACGUAAUGAAGCUCGUUAUCGUCAUAGCGAAUCGUUUGAUACUACUCUUCCACCCAACUCACCAUCUCUCUCAUUACGCUCAAUGAAUUCAUUAAAGAAAAAAUAUAGUACGGAAUCGUGUUCACAAUUGAGUAUAAACGAUGAUUCAUUAUCAUUGACAUCUUCAAUUGAAAGCAGUAACGAUAUUAACAGUAAUAAUUGUUCGAUUGCAGUUACAGAGUCAAAAAGUAUAGUGUCUGUGUAUGGAAAAUGUUUGAAUAAUGAAACAUUUCCAGUGAUUGAUGGUGUAAAACUUAUAAUACCCAAACGACUUUUAAAAAAAGCUGAAGAAGUAAAACGCAAAUCGUUAAUAUUACAUAUACCAAAAAAUAUUCUACGUUAUCCGUGUACAGAUAACUAUGAAAGUACAAAUGACACUGAUAAUAUAGAAGCACUAAAACAAUUUCCAUCCGGUUUUUUUGCUCCAUUAACAACUGCUCAUAAUCCAUUUUCAAUUGAUAAUAUUUUGGCACCGAGACCACGACUUCCAACACCUUAUUAUUCGCCCGCCGCUCAAGCUGCAGCUGAUUUUUAUUCGUAUCCUGCUGCAUUGCAAUUGCAAAAUUUUUUUGCUGCUGCCACAAUAGCUCAAAAUCAUAAACGAAAACGUCGUCAUCGUACAAUAUUCACUGAAGAACAGUUAGAACAACUUGAAACGGCAUUUCAACGAACACAUUAUCCUGAUGUAAUGAUGAGAGAAGAACUUGCAUUGAAAAUUGAAUUGAAAGAAGAACGGGUCGAGGUUUGGUUUAAAAAUCGUCGUGCCAAAUAUCGUAAACAAAAACGUGAAGCUACUGAACGUUCACGACGAGAAGCACAAGAAAAAUCUCAACGAACCGAUGGUGAAAGUACUGGUACUGGUUCAUCUACUCCCACCACAUCAUCAUCAUCAUUGAGUAGUGGUGGUCAUGAAAGUAAUGAUUUAGUUGUUAAUACUCAUUUAACAGUUUGUUCAAGUUCACGUUCGACAUCAUCUCCAUUAACAUCUCCCAUUCAAUGUCAACCAUUAGCAUUAACAACUACUAACACAAAUUCAUCCACCAAUGCUGCUGGUAGUACAACAAGAUUAAAUAAUAAUUUAACAAAUAAGUCAAUCAAUUUUAAUAAAAAAGAAAGUAUACAUCAAUUAAUUCAAUACAAUCAACCAAGACAUCUGCCAACAUCGACUGUAUCAAAUGUUUAUUCAAAUGUUUCAACGUUGAAAUAG